AUGAUCGGUGCUGUGCAUAGAGUAUUUCCUGAACGAGGGUACGGUUUUGUUUUGGCCGUGCCGCCUCCUACAUCACUGGCGCUUAUGAUGUGGCUGCUGUUAACACUGACGACAACAGAAACAGAAUCCGAAGAAGCUGCUGACGCUGGACAGCAGCAGAAGUUGUUGUCGCAAGGCGAACAUUUGAGUGUAUGGUUCCCGCUGCGUAAAUACGGUGUUUCUACUUUGAAGAGGAGGGAGAAGUGCGAGCGUGCAGCUCAUUAUUCAUUACAGCUAUCUCCCGGAUCGUACGUGAAAUUCUCUGCCACCUGCCAUUAUGGCACGGUGAACCAGCGGCUUGUAUGGCGGGCGGGGUGUGUGUGUGUGCAGUGUGAUGCUGAGGAGUUGCGAGAAGCUCUCCAAAAGGUUAAAGACUUGCGGUGGGACUGCAUCAUUCUCGACGAGGUAAAGAGGAAGGAGCUUCAAAUCGCGCGGCAAUACGCUUUGGUGGAGCAGAUGACGGUUGAAAGUGCCUUUUUCAAGCGUGCUGUUACGGCAGCGGAGACUUUUCGAGCUCUCUUACUGGAAGAGGCUGUGGCGGAUGACAUUGGCACUGAAGAACUUCAGAUGCGCCUAGCUCAGGAACGAGUACGCGGACUUUUUGAUUGCCUUAGUAAGGCAGCGCAACGACACGUUGUUCGUGAGGCAGACUUGCGGCGGCCGCUACUCUCAAUGUGGAAAGAUGUGGGGACGUAA